UUUUGAAAAGCUGUCAAACAGGAAGAUACGUUUUAUGUCAAUUUCCUGUCUGGCGUGAGACGUUAAAUAAGUUGACCAGGCUUGUUUUCAAGCUAAACUCUCCUUUUCUAUGAAUACAAACAACAAGGCCGGCAUCGUAAAGAACCCGGUGAUAAACAGGAAGUGUCUUCUACUUUAUCAGACCAGGUCAUGCCGUCAGACUUUCCGACGUAAAGAGAAAGUAGAAAGCUUAGUGGGAGCAGCGAAGCUAGCAAGAGUUAGCAUCACACAUCUCCGCAGCGUGAGCAGCUCGUGCUGACUGUCCUGCCGGCCUUCACGCGCUCUCCCCCGCUUCAGCCCGCGGUUCUUCCCGGAAAGAAUGAACUGGCUUUUCUCCGCGUCUAAAGGCUCCGGGCCGCUGCCUCUGAACAGCCUCCAGCAGCAGAGACAGCGGCAGAUCGAGUCGCUCAAAGCCGCUCACCCCAGUGUUGCAGAAAUCCAGAAGGACGUGGAGUACAGAAUCCCAUUCACAGUCAACAACUCCACCAUUACUGUCAACAUUUUGCUCCCCCAGCAGUUCCCACAGGAAAAACCAGUGGUUAGUGUCUACCCCCCUGUGGGGCAUCAUUUAGUGGACAGCAAUAAUGGAACCACCAUCUCAAGUCCUCUCAUCACAAAUUUCGGGAUGCAUUCUGAUCUGGGUAAAGUGAUUCAGAGUCUGCUUGAUGAGUUCUGGAAAAGUCCUCCUGCUCUGAUGUCCAGCAGCUCUGCUGGAUUUCCAUUCAGCGGUCUGUACAAACCAGCAGGUAUCCCUCCGUACCCCAGCCAGGCUUUCCAUUACAGUCCUCACCAUGUGGGUCCCGGUCAGACUCCAUCUUCUGGUUCGGGGCAAGUUCCAGUACCAGCCCCCAUGUCACAUCAAGGAGUGGAUAUGGUUCAUGGGCCCCCUCGAGCUGUUGCCCCGUAUGGAUUGAUAAUGGAUCUGCCACUGCCAGUUCCAACUGGAGAAUCCCAGGCUGGACUGAACGGACACAUGUACAAGAUGCCUGAGAUUCCUGAGACUUUUCCAGAACUUCCUGACAUGAAUCUCAACCAGCUGUCGGACAUGUCUGAAAACGAGGACGUCCUGCUGGAGUUCUUUGUGAGGUUGCCGCAGUUCAAACAAGUCACCAGUGAUAAAGAAGAGCUGAUCAGCAGUAUAGUAGACAUGGCCAAGAAAAACCUCCAGAUGGAGCCACAGCUUGAAGAUAAGAGACAGGAGAUGCUGAAUAAGUAUGAACAGCUGAUUCAAAUGAAGUCGGCCUUUGAGACGAAGAUGCAGAGACAGCAUGAACUCAGUGAGAGCUGCAGCCUAAGCACGCUACAAGCCCGGUUAAAAGUGGCCGCUCACCAGGCUGAGGAGGAGUCGGAGGAAACCGCAGAGAACUUCCUGGAGGGGGGCAUUGAAAUCGACGAGUUCUUGACAAAUUUCAUGGAGAAGAGAACGCUUUGUCACAGCAGAAGGGCCAAAGAGGAGAAGUUGCAGCAGUGCAUCAACACACACGGGCCUUUUCCUGUCAGUCACUAGAGCACGAGGUUUCAUGCUUUAUCAUCCAAAUGCUGUCAUUGAGGCAAAGACUACCGGAGCUGAAAGCACACGGAGUAAGCAUUGGGCACUUUGGAGAAGUCUGAACAGAAUGAUGGCACUAUGGAGCUAAAGUGGAAGAGGACAUCUGAGAAGGAAGAAGGAGGCCAGAACAACAGCAAUACGUGUUUUAGAAAAUGUGGGUGACAUCACUGCUACCAUGAAGAUGACUCUUUAGUGUUUUUUCUUUUGAUUUGACAUCUUAGUUUAGUUUGCUUUUGGGUCACAGUGUUGCUGUGGCAUCAAACCCCAGCACAGCGAUCCCAUAAGGUUUGUUUGGGUUUUUCAUGUUAUCUUCAGGUGAAAAAGCUGCUUAAUUUUUCCUGACCAACCCCUCCCCCAACACGUGUCAUCUUCUCUCAGCUUUGUCGAUGUAGACAUUUGAACUGCAGAAUGUCGUUUGGUUUUGCACUACAAGGAUCCCCUGAACACAGUCUGAGUUUCAGAGAGUUUGGCAAAGAUCUGAACGUGUUAAAGUGGGGGCUUCAUGAGCUGCAGCCCCCCCAGGACCCUGCAGGUGACGUGGAUGGAUGAAACUCUGCCACACAGUUUGAAGUUGCAUACAGUUGCAUCUUAAAUUUUACCUUUUUUUUUACAAACAUCCUGCUGGCCACUAACAACAUCUGCUGGGUUAAUCUGACUAAAACAUUGUCCAAAUUACUGUCCGUCUUCUUUUACUUUGUGUCAGGCAAAUACACUGAACACCACCCUCCUGAUGCCCAGUGAUGGUUGAUCUCUUUCUGAUCAACAAAUGGAAUACUGUUGAGUUUUGGAUUGAAGGUUGAAGUAAUCCUAACGUGAUAUUGGAUACUGUAUUUAAAUGUUAAUAAUAGACUAUAUUGUGAUCAAAAUUUCAGACACCUUGUAUUAUAUGUUCUUAUUUAAUUUGUUGGCAGAAUAAAGCAUUUAGAAUAAGUCUCUCCAUA